CUACACCGGGAUUCCGUGCUUUAAAGUGUUUUCUCAGUCACCUCCUGCCGUGCGCAGUGACACGGCAUAAGAGGCGGUCAACAGCAGUCGGCAGUAUCCGGCAGCAUCCCGCACCAUGGACACUUUACCAGAACUGAAGUGGACCAGGGUCCUUCAUAUCAGGAAUGUGAUUCCUGCGUUGCUCUUGAUGCUGAAUGCGGCCACCAGGUUGAGUGCCCAGGACUCGGGAAUGGAGGAAUUGGCAACUGAUAAAGAAGCCGAAGAAAGUCACCGUCAGGACAGCGUAAAUUUACUGACGUUUAUCUUACUGCUGACCCUAACCAUUCUGACGAUAUGGCUUUUCAAGCACAGGCGAGUGCGUUUCCUCCACGAAACGGGAUUGGCAAUGAUAUAUGGUCUUCUGGUGGGGGUGAUCCUGCGAUACGGCAUCCCGGCCACCAGCUACCACCACAAGACGCCCCCCAGCUGCGUCCUGACCGAGGGUCCAAGCAGCACCCUGCUGCUGAACGUCAGCGGGAAGCUCUUUGAGUACACGCUGAAGGGGGAGAUCAACUCCCGCGAGAUCCACAACGUCGAGCAGAACGACAUGCUGCGCAAGGUGACCUUCGACCCGGAAGUAUUCUUCAACAUUUUGCUGCCGCCAAUCAUCUUCCAUGCUGGAUACAGCCUGAAAAAGAGGCAUUUCUUCAGGAACCUGGGCUCCAUCAUAACCUAUGCCUUCCUGGGUACGGCCAUCUCGUGCUUCGUUAUUGGGAACCUGAUGUACGGCGUGGUGAAGCUGAUGCAGAUGGUGGGCCAGCUGUCUGAAAAGUUCUACUACACAGACUGCCUCUUCUUUGGAGCCAUCCUCUCCGCUACAGACCCAGUGACGGUGCUGGCCAUCUUCACUGAGCUCCACGUGGACGUGGACCUCUACGCUCUGCUGUUUGGAGAGAGUGUCAUGAACGACGCCGUGGCCAUUGUUCUCUCCUCGUCCAUCAUGGCCUAUCAGCCCAGUGGAGCAAACACCCACAUGUUCGAUGCGGCGGCGUUCUUCAAGUCGGUGGGCGUGUUCCUCGGAAUCUUCAGCGGAUCCUUCGCCAUGGGUGCCGUCACAGGGGUUGUCACCGCCCUCGUCACCAAGUUCACCAAGCUGCACUGCUUCCCCCUGCUGGAGACCGCCCUCUUCUUCCUCAUGUCCUGGAGCACCUUCCUAUUGGCCGAGGCCUGCGGGUUUACAGGGGUGGUGGCGGUUCUGUUCUGUGGAAUCACACAAGCUCACUACACGUACAACAACCUGUCUGAGGAGUCCACCAAGCGCACCAAGCAGCUGUUUGAAGUUCUCCACUUCCUGGCUGAGAACUUCAUCUUCUCCUACAUGGGCCUGGCUCUGUUCACCUUCCAGAACCACGUCUUCAGCCCCAUCUUCAUUGCUGGAGCCUUUAUUGCCAUCUUCAUCGGGCGAGCGUGCAACAUCUACCCUCUCACCUUCAUGCUCAACCUCGGCCGUCGCCACAAGAUCACGGGGAACUUCCAGCACAUGAUGAUGUUCUCAGGCCUGCGAGGGGCGAUGGCAUUCGCCCUGGCCAUCCGGGAUACGGCUACGUACGCAAGGCAGAUGAUGUUCACCACCACCCUCCUCAUCGUCUUCUUCACUGUCUGGGUGUUUGGGGGCGGGACCACCCCCAUGCUGUCCAGACUCCAUAUCAGGGUGGGAGUUGAUCCAGAUCAAGAUCUCCAGCAGUCAGUAGACAACUUCCUGGUCCUCCAAGGGGAGGGAGCACAGGCCGAGGGCCGCAGCAAGACCAGGCAGGAAAGUGCUUGGCUCUUCCGGCUGUGGUACUCCUUCGACCACAACUAUCUCAAGCCCAUCCUGACCCACAGCGGGCCCCCCCUCACCACCACCCUGCCCCCCUGCUGUGGACCCCUGGCCCGCUGCCUCACCAGCCCACAGGCCUACCAGGACCACGAGCAGCUGAGGUCCAACGACUCUGACGUGAUCCUGACGGACGGAGACCUCAGCCUGUCCUACGGCGACACGGCCGUCACCGCGCUCAACGGGGCGUCGGGGGGCGGGGCCUCGGGGGUGGGAGGGGGCGGGGCUUCCAGCUGGAGCACCAAUGGGAAGCGCAGCGGCAGCACGUCGGAGGAGGCGCUGGAGCGGGAGCUGGACUCCCGGGAGCAGGACCUGCUGAGCCACGGCACGCGUCUCGUCUUCCCCAUCGAGGACCCCAUCUGACCCCCCUCCCCCCAU